AUGGCGAUACAGAGUGUGUCGAGAUACCCCAGCAGCCCCGCGGAGGCGACUGAGCCACCGAAAACCUCACGGAUCAGCUUUAGCGUUGCGUCAAUAUUGGCGGACACCAAAACAAACCAGGUGGACGAAAUCGCUGACAGCAUUAGAUACCAUCGGACGAGACCUGAAUCUCCUUUAAGGCAGUCUCCUGCCGCGCAACCGGAACUACCUGGAGACACAUCGAUGUCACCGAGACCGUCAUCGCAAACUCCACCUUUAAAUUUAAACGCAUCUGCGAAUGUGGCUUCAUCGGACGAUGAAUAUGAAGAUAUCAAUCAGAGAUUCGACCAGAACAGUAUAGUAGACGUUGAGGAUCUCCCUCAUGACGUUCAUAGUGAGGACGAAGAAAGACCCACUUUGAAAUCGAGGCUGGUGCGGCCGACGCCGACGUUCGGCGCGGCGUUGGCGGCGGCGGCGUAUGGACUGGCCUGGCCUGGACCGUCCCCUGUCGUGCCAUCUUUCGGUCCUCUGUUCCCGUCACAUUUCUCCGUUGGCAUUACAGAUGCAAACGGUGAACCUGCAAAAUUAAAAUGUAACCUUCGCAAACACAAGCCCAACCGGAAGCCACGUACACCAUUUACCGCACAACAAUUGCGCUCGCUUGAGAGCAUGUUUUCCAAGAAGCAGUACUUGAGCAUCGCUGAGAGAGCCGAAUUCUCAUCAUCUUUAGGAUUAUCUGAAACACAGGUUAAAAUCUGGUUUCAAAACCGAAGAGCGAAAGCAAAGCGCGUGCAGGAGGCGGAGAUCGAGAAACUCAAAAUGGCGCAGUUUUCCCGUCACCCCCAUCAUUUGUACCCCCACCCCGCGCUGCAGCAAUACUUUCACCCGCACCCUCUCAUGGCAGGGGGACGGCCACUGCCUCCAAUGGGCUUGCCUCCGCACCUGAGCAUGGUGCAACCACCUGUGUCAAGCGGGUCCCCUUCACCCAGCACACAAACAAAUAACCAACAGUGA